CUGAAUCUACUGCAUCACUGAGAUUUGAAGUGAGAGCUUCAAGUUGUUUCACUGAAGAACAAACCAACAUUUUCUUUGUUGAAAAAUGAGCAAAGUGGCAGCAAAGGUGGCAGGAGGACCGGGGGACUGUCUUCUCCCUCAAAGAGAACAAUUCCUACCAUACUGGACUGAUCUGACUCUGGACCCUGAUACAGCUUACUCCAAAAUCAAGGUGUCUGAGAAUGAAAAAGCAGUGAUGCUGACCGAUGAAACCCAAACUGAUGAUGUGAGCUCCAAAAGAUUCCUCUACGUACCCCAGGUGCUGUGUAAGCAGCCUCUGACUGGGACGCACUACUGGGAGGUAGAGUGGGAAGGGCCGAAGGGGGCUGGGAUUGCAGUAUCCUAUGCCUCAAUUGCAAAGAACACUGCAGGUGAUGAGUGUAGAUUUGGAUGUAACUGUAAAUCCUGGAGGUUUCAGGAUGGUGUGCACCGUGAUUUCUUGUACAAUGAUUUGAAAACAAUCAUCUCCUCACACUUCAAUGUAAUAGGAGUGCUCCUAGAUGUUGAGAAAGGUAUCCUCAGGUUCUACAGUGUCACUGCUGAUCGAGAGGAGAUGAAAUUCCUGUAUGAGGCCCCAAAAUUUCAGGCCACUGAGGCUCUUUAUGCAGGGUUUUGGUUGAGUGAAGAGACCAAGCUGAGCAUUCCCUCUCAGCAGGCCAAGAGUUGCCAGAGAACCUGAUUCAU